CGAAUUACGGGCGGGGUGUGGGGCUAAAGUCCGGCGUCCGGGCGUUACCCCAAACUCUAUAAAGUCCUCAAUCUCCUAAUUUAAGGUAAUUUGGUACUUGUACAGUUGUAUCGAUCCCUAACUCUCUCUUGGCCCCCUUGGCAACAAGUAACAAGGACCCUUAGUUAUACCACACAAUAUUCCAUCAAAUCUUGAUAUUCCAUAAUACUACACUACUAGAUCGAUUAGGAUACGGCGUAAGUACGACGACGCCGCCCGACCCCCCAGCCGAUUUCAGAUCCUACCCUUCCCACCAUCUGCCAACCUGAUUUGUUGGCGAGUACCGAAUUAGAACCUUGCCAAGCAUUCCCGCCAAGGGUGGACUAUUCCUUGCAUGCAGCAUUUGACCAGGGACCCCCGUAAAAAUCACCAAUAACGAACAACGGUCCAUCCAGCAAUUCAACGUCUGCUCUCUCUUCAACAAUAACUAGGGUUACUACCCGUGCCGUACAGUUGCAUACAAAUCUGGUUGAGAAGAAAAUAAAAAAAACCUGGUACACACACGUAAGCAAAGAUAAACACAAAACGAUCAUGGAGAUGCCGGGUGACAAGGUUGGUGGCGGCGAUAAGAAUGAGGUCUUCUACUUCGCUUACGGCUCCAAUCUCUCUUCAACCCAGAUGCGCGCCCGAUGUCCCAGUGCUGAAGCUGUCGGCCUUGCGUUCUUGCCAAGUUGGUCGUGGCUUAUAAAUGAGAGGGGGUACGCCAAUAUCGUGCCGCUGUUACCCUCUUCUUCAGCUUCUCGUAUUUUUCUUUCUUCGCCACCUUCACCUUCACUUACAUCAUCAGCUGUUGCUAAAGAGGGGGUAGGUGAAGAAGGCGUAUACGGUGUUUUGUACCGUCUACCUUUCCACGACGAGAAAACUCUAGAUCGCUAUGAAGGCGUGCCGUGGGCAUAUGAGAAGCUGUAUCUUGACGCUGCUUUGAUUACGAAGCUAACUGUUGCCGGCGCAUCAGACGGAGAACAAAAAACGAACACGGUUCGCAUCCUUGCGUAUGUUGACAGGAAGAGAAUAUCACCAGGUACUCCGAACUUGGAGUACGUCGGCCGUAUGAAUCUCGGCAUUAAGGAGGCCACGGAAGAAUGGGACCUACCACAGAAAUUUGUCGAUGAGGUUAUAAGGCCCUUUAUUCCCGCGUAGCACAGAAAUAUUUCAAGACGAGAAAUUACUCAGCUAGAACGUAGAUACCUAGAUAGAACAGGAUAAGGCAUCAUAGUUUGACUGACGAGGCAAAAUCACUUGCAAUAGCAUCAUAGAGUACCUAACGAUAAAAUGAGUUAUCUGAUUCCACCCAUCUAAGCAUAGG